AUGUUCUUGUUCACAGAUCACACCAUCCAGUCUGUUUUCUGCUGCUGCUGCUGCUGCACAGUGCAAAAAAGAGCAAUGAGAACAAAAAUGAACCUGGACCCUGAUACUGGCCUGGUGACCCAGUACUCAGCCUCACAACCAGAGGUUUCCUAUGCAUCUACUUGGAAGUGCAGGCGUAAGAGGCAAUUGCGUGUGAAGAACAAGCCGUUACCUCCUCUACCUGCUGAGGCCUUGGAAGACUACACAAAAAAUGUCAAAGUUAUUGCACUAUAUGACUUUUUUGCUAGAGGACCGUCUGAUUUAACACUCAAGAAGUCAGAAGAAUACAUUAUCCUUGAACAGUAUGAUCCCCACUGGUGGAAGGCAAGAGACCAGCAUGGGAAUGAAGGCCUAAUUCCCAGCAACUAUGUUACCGAGAACAAGAAAAGUAAUUUAGAAACAUACGAGUGGUACUGCAAAAACAUCAACAGAAGCCAGGCAGAACUGCUCUUGCAACAGAAGUCCAAAGAAGGUGCAUUUGUUGUCAGAGAUUCAAGCCAACAGGGACUCCUUACACUGUCGGUGUAUUCACGGUCUAAAGGAAGUCACAGUGGAGACAUUCGGCAUUAUCAAAUUAAGAAAAACCACCUGGAACAAUAUUACGUAGCAGAAAAAUAUCUCUUCUCAUCUGUUCCUGAACUCAUCCAAUAUCAUCGACACAAUGCUGCAGGUCUUAUCACUCGUCUCCGACAUCCAGUUGGAUCAAUUGGAUGUUCUUCACCAGCAACAGCUGGAUUUAGUUACGAGGAGUGGGAAUUAAACCCAUCAGAACUGACGUUUAUGAAGGAGCUUGGGCGUGGGCAGUUUGGAGUCGUUCAGCUGGGUAAAUGGAAAGCAACCAUCAAAGUUGCCAUCAAAACAAUCAAUGAAGGUGCAAUGUCUGAGGACGAUUUCAUUGAGGAGGCCAAAGUGAUGAUGAAACUCUCCCACCCGAAGCUGGUCCAACUUUACGGAGUGUGCACACGCCACAAGCCUCUCUAUGUAGUGACUGAGUUCAUGGAGAACGGCUGCCUGCUCAACUACCUACGGCAGAGACGGGGGAAACUCAGCAGAGACCUGCUGCUGAGCAUAUGCCAGGAUGUGUGUGAAGGGAUGGAGUAUCUGGAAAGAAAUAGGUUCAUUCACCGUGAUUUAGCUGCAAGAAACUGUUUAGUCAAUGCUGAGCACAUUGUUAAAGUAUCCGACUUCGGCAUGGCAAGGUAUGUCAUUGAUGAUGAAUAUAUCAGCUCUUCAGGUGCCAAGUUUCCAGUCAAGUGGUCAUCUCCUGAAGUCUUUCAUUUCAAAAAGUACAGCAGCAAAUCUGAUGUAUGGUCAUUUGGUGUGCUGAUGUGGGAAGUCUUCACAGAGGGCAAAAUGCCUUUUGAAAGUAAAUCAAAUUGUGAAGUUGUCCGUGAGAUUUCUAAGGGAAACCGACUUUAUCGACCACAUUUGGCAUCGCAUACUGUGUACAAAGUCAUGUACAGCUGCUGGCAUGAGAAACCUGAAGGACGUCCUUCUUUUGAAGAAUUAGUAGACACACUCACAGAUAUAACAGAAAUGGGAUAA